UUAAAGCUUACACAUAAUACGUUUUGGUGGAUCACAUAAAAUGAUGUGGCGGGCCAUAUUAGACCCACAGGCCUUGAGUUUGGUGUAGUGGUUUUUAACAUACUCUUUUGAGAAAGGGUGCUCAUUAUUCUUUAGGUCAAUGUUUUUACCUGGUUUAUCUCUUUGCAUUUCUUCGUCUUCUUCUGAGGAUGACCUUACAAACCCUCUAUUGCAGGUAAUACAAAUAGGUGAAGAGGACCAUGGCAGACCUUGGUUGACAGCGCUCAAAUGGGGAUGAUAAUUAGGCUGCAGUAUAAUGUGUGGGUGGCUGGACAACUACAGCCCAUAAUGACAGCAAUCACUUUUGACUAAGUGAACAAGAGAGCACAGAUACAGAGCAUCAGCUCGUCUCCACAGAGUUGAUUAGGUUCUCAGUGAUUCUCUUCUCGGGCAGAUGUUUUUUUUUUUUUCUGAUGCUGAGAGGUAGUUGUGUAAACAGUCCAUAAUGUGGUGGCUGUAAGACACAGAUGUAAUAAAGUCAGCGUCAUACAGGUCAUUAAAUUAAAGCUUUGUGUUGUGGUCCACAUGGCAGCCACUAGAACACAACAACACAGGGACGUCUGGAAUGAGUUCGGCAUUUGAAACUGCAUUUCCAUUGUUCAGCGGGUGUGUAGAGUAAUAAUCUAAAUGGGCAACUCAACAAUUAAGAUUCCUGUGUGACAGCUCUUUUUGUCCCAAAUAUAAUGAUAAUACAAAGACGUAUGAAGAGUGCAAGUCUAAAAUAAGUUGUAACUGUGGUAAACACUAAUUAGUUCAGGGCAUUGUUCCAGUUCAUUCCCAUAUGACAGAGGACAUGACAGUGGGUGUGAGCUAAAAAAAUAAAAAAAAGAUGUUACAAAAACAAAUCUCACCCACGAGCAGGUGCCGUGGCCGUUGCUGGUCAGAUUCAGUAAUGUGGUGGUUUGAAGUGAAUGUUAAUUGUUGUUUGGUCCAGUUUGUCCUUUUAUCUACACUGACAUUUAGGAGUGAACCAUUGAGUUUUAAUUUGAGAUCUGAAAGAUUGUGAAAGCCAGACACAGUCGUCAAGAAGCCAGCUAGUAAAAUUCACUGAGAGUCAUGCAGUGUUUGAGGUUUUGAGUAAUGUAUUAAUACUUCAGCUUUUUAAAGAAACAACAAAACAAAACCUUUUUGUUUUUUUUGUUUUUUUACAUGCAAAAAAAAAAACCAAACAAGACAACGAUUCCUGCAUCUAGACAAUGAUCCAUUCCAUCACAUCUCUCUACCUAAAAAUUGCACGACCACUCCAUAGCCACGUGUGGUUCUGGAGCCACAGGUUGCAGACCCCUGAUCGAAGCCAUUGCCCCACUGUAGUCUGCUUGUUUUUUUGUGGAAGGAAACCAGGGAACCCAGAGGAAACCCACAUUGAAACCACUCUUCCACCAUGGGGCCUUUAAGGUAAACAGAGAGGGUAAAUAAUUCCUUCUUCCACUAACUUGGUUUUCUGUGGCCAGAUGUCAAAUUUAUCAGCUCUUCUCUGCUCCAUUAGACCACAGAGCUUUAACAAAAGAUCAGGCUCCAUUAACUAAUCACUUAUCGUCAUUAUCUGAAGCGUCAGAGUGUGAACGUUUCUCAGGCUCCCUGUCCUACAACCUAUCCUGUCCAAAAACAAGGAUGCUAAUAUGGUUCUUUAAACUCACAAACAUAUUUUCUACAUUGAUAUAUAGUAGUGAUAUGUCUGUCUGAUUAGAAAAUAAAACAGUGAGCGACCACUUUUUAUAGCACUGUACACCCUGUACCAAAAUGUUAAAAUUAUGAAAAAAGGACAUUUCAUUUGAAAUCUUUAAAAAAAAGUAAUUUUUAAUGAUUAUAUUUUUCUAAAAUAUAACUGAAUAUAUAUUAAUAUUACAUUUUUAACUCACAACUUAUAUUUACAAGUCCUUACAUUUACCUAACCUCCAUACACACACAAACCGCAACUUGUAUAUAAGCGUCAACACUGAGGUCAGACUGGAAGGAAAUGACUAUUAUCUAAAUCAGUUUACUUCACUAAUGCCUUAAAUCCAUGUGUAUCCUGGACGACUCAGCUGUUUGCUGUUGACAGCUGUAAACACUGGCCUCAGGGCGGAACAUGACUUAGAGUCUUUGUGAUGGGAUUUGAGACGCUUUAUUGUGCCUCCGAGGCUUAACCAGGAACCUGCGUAUGUACAGAAAGGUGAACUGCCAUUAAGCCAAACAGACCAAUGUCGACACCUGCUCUUCCACCUCGGCCUUAUGAUUCAACCGGCAAUUGGAGAAUAAUUGGACAGAAUUGUAUGUGCUGGCGUAAAUGUUUUGAAUGUGGCAUCAAAUCCUGGUUUAUUGUUGUUGUACUCAAGUAAAGUGCAGUACUGGUAUUUUUUCACUAUUGAAAAAAUUAUCUUUUUUAAAAAAUAUUUUCAAGUCUAUUUUACAUCUAAUUAGUGUUGAUACAAACUUAUGUUUGUUUGUUCUUUUUAGUAAUUGGUAAAAGUUUAUACACAUACGGAAUAAAUGGAGGAAGUUUGUUUGAACCUGAAACACUAUACAAAGUGAAUUGUACCAUUUGUUACAUGCAUUAUAUUGACAAUGCUUUAUUUUCUUUUAUCAUAUCUUUGAGACAAUAAGUCUGUUGUUUAUCUCAUUAGGCUCUAAUACACUGUCCAUGUUAUUUAUUGUAUGUCCGAUGUCCAUUCCACUUAUUGCAAAUAAUUAAACUCACAAAAAUGCAGGCCGGGAAAUCUUUAUGGCGUCCUCCUGUGUCAAGGAGCUGAGACCAGAGUACAAGCUAAUUAUUGACUGUAGAUCCUCAGCAACUGAGGGCCAUUAUAGUGUGUUUGUGUAAGUGUGCGCUUCAAACUCGGGUCCUAAUGAGGUGGUUGUCAUCAUCAUCACUACAUGGUAAUGUUUAAAAGAAUCAGAGUUCUAGAAUAGUUAAGGCUGGUUGAAGCUGAGGUUAAGAAAUGGACGUCCAAGAUAAGUUGCUGGACCUGAUUGGCUAUGCUAACAGGUGUAGCCUAUGUUUCCUUUAUGUGAUGAACACUGUAGAAUGGGUAAAACAGGGCUUUACAGAUGAGCCUGUGUGUAAGUGAGUCAGCUGCCAAACUGUAUGUUAGAACGUAGUGUGAUGGGAGGGGCUGUGAGAGCACAAAUACAGAGGGAGAGAUAAGGAGCAAACAGCAGGUUGUCAGAUGGACAGUCACACCUUCAGUGUUCUUCUCUGCUGGCUGUCAGAUCUCCCCCUCUCAGCAGCUCCAUCAUGGACCUUUUGUCGACCACAGGAGGAUCUGUGUCACCUGACAGAGCUGCUGCUGUGACUGACUACAGUCACCCUCUUUGAAUGAAGCUAGAAAACAAGGUGGACUCAUUCAGUAUGCUGAACAACUCAUCCUCAUCUGCACUUAAGCACCUGUUAGUGUGCACCUUACUGUUGUGUGGUGGCAACAAGGCAGCCUGUUCUCUCCGGGAGGGCAAAAAGAUUUGGCAGCAACCCAAACUGGACCCUGUUGAAGCCCAGUCAUUUCUCUAUGACACUUUCCCUUCAGGAUUCCUCUGGGGUACAGGAACUUCUGCUUUUCAGACAGAAGGAUUCUGGGACCAGGAAGGGAAGGGAAGCUCCGUAUGGGACCAUUUCACCAGCUCCUCUGUCUGGGGUAGUUUUGAAGCUGAGGCAAUCAGUUUGGCAAGUGACAGCUACACUCGCUGGGAGGAGGAUGUCAAAGCUCUGGAGCUGCUUGGUGUAAAAUCCUACUCCUUUUCUCUGUCCUGGCCCAGGCUGUUCCCCGAUGGGAAUGCCAGGAGUCCGCCCAACACGGCAGCAGUGGAGCAUUACAGCCGCCUCAUAGAAAGGCUACUGGAAAAGAAAAUUGAGCCCAUUGUCACUCUGUAUCACUGGGACCUGCCACAGGUCCUGCAGGAGCAGUACGGAGGAUGGAGAAAUGACACUCUGGUGGAACUCUUUCAGGAGUAUGCCGCCUUUUGUUUCGACACAUUUGGGACUCACGUGAAGUACUGGCUUACGAUACAUAAUCCUUACGUGGUGGCCGUGCAUGGAUAUGGGACUGGCAUGCACGCUCCUGGAGAGACGGGGGGUCCUGCUGGUUCUCUUACCGUGGCCCACAACCUGAUAAGGGCACACGCCAAAGCUUGGCACACCUACGACACACACUUCCGCCCAAAUCAGAAGGGUAAAAUAUCCAUUGUUUUGGGAUCACACUGGAUAGAGCCACAAGGAGGCCAAGCCACCCAGGACAAUGUUGAGUCUUGUCAACAGUCAAUAGAGGCGGUGCUCGGCUGGUUUGCCAACCCCAUCUUCGGAGAUGGGGACUAUCCAGUCUCUCUCAGAAAUAGGCACGGGGGCAUCAUGCCUACAUUCACUCCAGAGGAAAAGCUGUCAGUUCAGAAAACGGCUGACUAUUUCGCUCUGUCUUUCGGGCCUAACAACCUCCGCCUGGGACAGAAGCUGGUCCGGUUCAAUCAGACUGUGGCGCUGGAUCUGAGGCGUGUUUUAAAAUGGAUAAAGCUGGAAUAUGGAGACCCAAGAGUUCUGGUUGCUGAGGCAGGCUGGUUUUCUGAAGCAAGCGUAGAAAGGGAAGACACAGUGGCCAUAUAUUUGAUGAAGAAGUUUGUUAACCAGGUCUUGCAAGCUAUUAGGACAGAUGGUGUGCAGGUGUUUGGCUACUUUGCCUGGUCGUUGGUGGAUGGAUUUGAAUGGAAUUAUGGCUUCACUGUAAGGCGAGGACUGUUCCACAUCGACUUCACCCAAAAAAACCGAACCAGGACCCCCAAGACCUCCGCUCAAUACUACCAGCAUCUGGUGGCUGAUAAUGGUUUUCUUAGAGAUGAAACCCUCAGAGAAACUGACGGUGUUUUUCCUUGUGACUUUCACUGGGGGAUCGCUGACUCGACGCUACAGGUCCACUUCUAUCCUUUCUCGCCACAGUUUACAGACCCACAUCUGUACAGCUGGAAUGUGACGGGGGACAAAUUGUUGCGUCCCGUCCAGGGUGUGUCGAUGCCCACACGAUCACCCCAGUGCACUGACUAUUUAGCCAUCCGUGAUCACCUUCGCUUGUUUGCAUCUACUGGAGCAUCUCACUACUCCUUUGCACUCAACUGGUCUUUGAUUUUGCCCCACGGUGACCUCUCUAAUGUCAACAACGAAGCCCUUAGGUACUACCGCUGUGUCCUGACUGAGAUCAAAAAGCUGAACCUGGAGUCUGUGGUAAUCCUUUAUUAUCCCACCCAAAGAGCUCCGAAUCUGGGGUUGCCAGGUCCAAUACAUGCCAUCGGCGGUUGGCUCAACCACAGCACAGCUGAAGCUUUUCAGGAAUAUGCGGCACUAUGCUUCCAGCAGCUCGGAUCCUGGGUUCGCUACUGGAUUACCAUCAAUGAGCCGAACAGACUCUUAGAUAUUUAUGCCAAUGGUGGAGAGAAGCGUCGGGCAGCUCACAGUCUCCUUCUGGCUCAUGCAAAAGCCUGGAGGUUGUACGAGAGGGAGUACUACAGUCAACAGAAAGCACUUGUAUCACUCGCACUGCAUGCUGACUGGACUGAACCUGCUAUCCCAUCCCUGAAAUCACACAGUGCAGCAGCACACAGAUUCCUAUUGUUUGAACUGGGUCGUUUCCUCGACCCGUUACUGGGGACAAAAUAUGAGGGAACGCAUGGAAGAAGAAGAUACUCACAAGAACUGAAGGCAAACCUGGAGAACAUAGACCUUUCUGGAUCUCCUUUCCUGAGCUUAACUGCCAAUGAGAAGGAGGAGUUGAAGGGAGCUUUAAGUUUUAUCGCCCUGAACCAUUUUACCACCCGUUUGGUGUCUCCCUAUCCUACAACACAGGCCAGUUUUCAAAGGAAACAGCCUCCUGAUCACGGUUGUCUGACUCUUUCUGAUCCCACCUGGCCCUCAUCUGGUCUGGGGCAGGCGAUAGUACCCCAGGGUCUGAGGAAACUCCUGAAGUGGGUGAGCCAGAGAUAUGGAAAGGCUUUACCCAUCAUUGUGACAGCCAUUGGAAUUGAUGACCAGGCUCCCGUUGAGGACAAACUCAGACAACACUACCUCCACAGUUACCUGCAAGAGGCCCUCAAAGCUCGUAGAUUAGAUGGAGUGAACUUGCAAGGCUUCUACAUGUGGAAACUUCAGGAUCGACAUGACCCCAAGUUUGGACUCUUCACCUCCAGCCAACACCAGUCCAAGGCAAAAGCCUCUGUGGCUGCGUACAAAGAAAUAAUCCAUCACAGAGGCUUUCCGCUGAAUGGUACCAAACAGACGUGCAGGCUCAGUGAGCCGCACCAACAGUGUUCUGCGUGUGUGUGGAUGCUCAGGAACAAGGCCAUGCUGGUCUUUGGAGGCUGCCUCCUGAUAGCUGCUGUCAUGUUUGUGGCACUUCUCACGACUGUCAUCUUUAACAAGAUGGGGCGAUCAAGAGGUGGAAGAAGGAGGAUGAAGUGGAAGAGAAAGAGAAGAGAAGGAGUCCCUGUACGUUUAUGGCCACGUAUGGCCAAGUACUAACUGUAGAGGAGCUGGAGAAGUUCCUGAGUGAAAACCAAUAAUCGAUAAUUUAUCAGUGCUUGUCUUGAAAUUUUUCCCACAAUGAAUGUAAAAUAGAAAAUGUUUUUACUAUUUAAUCAUUAGAUCAUGUUAUUAUUGUAAGUAAAUGGUAAAAAAUAUUUAUUUGGUCUCCUUCAUCAGCUGUCUCCUGUCAAACCUGGGUGAUAUUAGAUAAAAGACAGAGACAGAUUGCCUGCUCAGCAUAGGUAUUCACUGUAUAUAGACAACCAACAAUUCACUCUCAUAACCACACACAAGGUAAAUUACAUUCUUCAUUUACCUAAACCCCAAUCUGGACACAAACAAAGUCCACAAAGUCAGUGGCUGGGAAUUAAACAAAAAUGUAUUAAAUACCACAUGUUGUAAUUUUACAAAAUCUUUAUUUUCCACUGAAGAGAAGGGGUGUAAUUUAUGUGCCAUAUUAUGUCAUUGUGAAGUGUUGUGAAAAGAAUCAGUCGAUAAAUUAUAUACAAUAAGUGCUAUAUACUAUGUAUGACGAAUGUAUGGGACAACAGUGCCAUUUAGCGGCCGACAACUGGAACUGAGCAGAAAAAAAUUGUAAUAAGAUUUCUUAUUUCUUUAACGUGUCUCAUCUGUUUUCCUAAUAUGAUAGAGACUACAGGUCGUGUAUCACACCAACGACUCCUUUACAUUACAGCGGAAGAAAACGCUCUACAGUACUGUACUUCUUAGCGUUCAUUAGUUGCAUUACUGCCAUCUAUCGAUCAUAUGGUCCUUUUCGCUGCGGCCAUCGGCUUUCAUAAUCACUAUUUUCUGUAUAUAUUUUUCUAAUUCUAAUUCUAAUUCAUACGU